CUUUACGUGCUGAUUGGAGGGCGGUGCGGGGCUUCGAUUGGCCAGCCGACGGGGAACGGAAGUGGUGCUUCUGCGGCGCCGCCGAGGGGACUCCGGGCAGCCUCCACGUGGGUUGAGUCCGUCCGGGGGUCGCCAUGGAGAGGCCCGCGAAGAAGAAAAAGAGGCCCCAGCGAUACUGGGAAGGGGACGUCAGCAAGCCUGAAUCUGAGCGGGCCGAAGAGCCUCCAGCCUCCAAGAAGACCCACCAGGAUGUGGCCCACGUGGAGAAGAAGCCAACCCCAGGCGGCAAGGGACGGGCUUCACAGUUGCCGGCCUCAUCUUUGCGCAAGGCGGAUCCGUUCCCCGGGGCAGCCGUCGUCCCCCGCAAGCGAGUGGAGAAGUUCCAGCGAGGGACCAAGCCCGAGGGGAAGGCGUCUAACCAGCAGCUGCGGCGCCACCUGGCCCUGCAGGAAGAGAAGGCCGAGGCAGCGGCCAAGCAGGCGGCUCGAAUGGAUCUGCUGCUCCUGGAGGACCCUGGCUUCCUGGAGGGCGAGGAGGGCGAAGACACUUGCACCAUCCGCCAAGCAGACAUCGCCGAUGCGGUGGACCUGGCUUCUGCCGCCAAGCACUUUGAGCUGCGGCUGGACCAGUUCGGCCCCUACAGAGCGAGCUACACGCGCAACGGCAGGCACCUCCUGCUGGGAGGGCGCCGUGGCCACGUGGCGGCCCUCGACUGGCACACGAAGGCCUUGAUGUGUGAGAUCAACGUCAUGGAGACCGUCACGGACCUGGCGUGGCUGCACACGGAGACCAUGUUUGCUGUGGCCCAGCGCCAGUGGCUGUACGUGUACGACAACCAAGGCGUGGAGCUGAACUGCUUGAAGCGCUUCCACAGAGUCCAGCGGAUGGAGUUCCUGCCCUACCACUUCCUGUUGGCCACAGCGAGCGAGACGGGCUUCCUCCAGUACCUGGACAUCUCCGUGGGGAAGGAGGUGGCCACCAUCUGCACCAAAGGGGGGCGCCUCGGCGUCAUGGCCCAGAACCCCUCCAACGCCAUCGUCCACCUGGGGCAUAGCAAUGGCACGGUGACGUUGUGGAGCCCCAAUAUCAAAGAGCCCCUGGUGCGAAUGCUGUGCCACCGGGGGGCAGUGAGGGGCGUGGCCGUGGACGGGUCUGGGACGUACAUGGCGACCUCAGGGCUCGACCGGAAGCUCCACGUCUACGACCUGCGGGCCUAUCGGCGCCUCCACUCCCUGCUGCUGCCCAUGGGGGCCGGGCACCUGGACUUCAGCCAGCGGGGGCUCCUGGGGGCUGCUUGUCAAGAGGUGGUCCAGGUGUACAAGGACAUUUCGAUCUGCCCGCCCUCCAAGCCAUAUAUUUGCCACGCCCUGCCACGGCCUGCCCACGGCCUCCGCUUCUGCCCUUUUGAGGAUGUCUUGGGGGUCGGUCACGAAGAGGGCUUUGCCAGCCUCCUCGUGCCAGGCGCUGGGCAGCCCAACUUCGAUGCCCUGGAGAGCAACCCCUUCCGGAGCCGGAAGCAGCGGCAGGAGUGGGAGGUCAAAGCCCUGCUGGAGAAGGUAACGUGGGGGGUUGGGUGGUGGGGGAGGUCCUCUCCCCCCUUGUCGCUGGGAAGGGUCGUAUCCUGGAGGGGGGGCCUUAAAGGACAGUGCAGAACAGAGAGAGCGAAGGAGACCCUCCUGCCGCCCGCGCAGAUGAGCACAGACUCUGCAGGAAGCGGUCAGCGGAGCGGAGAGUCUGGGAGGCUCAAGCAAGUCAGCCAAGCUGCAGAGGCAAUCAGGGGAAUGGGAGGGGGGAAUCCCAGGUCUCCCUUCAUCCCGAACAGCAGGCAAAAGGAGGGGGGCAGGGCCAGCGUCCUGCGGAGAGAGGCUUCCUCAGGGUGGGACCCUGCCUGCCCCCCCCCCCCACCGAGACGAACCCAAAUAUCUCAGCCGGAGCUCCAUCUGGCCAGCCCAGGAAGCCCAGAUGUGCCAGGUCACAGCUCGGUCGCUGUGGGCGGGUGGGUGGGUGCCACCCAGCUCCUCCUGGUGAGGCCGGUCGGCUGUGGGGCUGCCCUGCGUGAGAUGGGGAGGUGA